AUGCGUCAGUCACUCGCUACUUCUCUCUUUUCCCUUCUUGUGGGCGCCAACGUCGUCUUCAGUGCCUGCGAGACACAUAGCUUCACGAGCUGCCAAGAUGGAAUUGUCCACUGGUUCGAUCCGAAUAACGGCCAGGUCUGUGACCCAUUGGACUGUGGCGGUGGCCGAGCUCCUAUCAAGACCGACGUCCCAGGCUGUCCUGCUUACUCGGGCACGCUCUCCGUCGCCCCGAUCUCUAUCCUCUCUUGCUGGAAGCCUUCGAGUGCUAUUCAGUCGGCUGCUUCGACGACUGCUGUCGAAGAGACCAAAGUUACCAGCGAAGCUGAAACCACAAGCGCUCCUUCAACCUCCGAGGCUCAAAGAUCCACUGAGAAGCCGGCCAGUGAAACGAGUGCCGUCGAGUCAACCACCGCGUCGGAUGCUCCCUCGAGCUCAGUGACGACCGCCGGUCCUGUCACAACUUCGGCUUCCACGUCGGUCAAGGCUCCGAUCACCAGCCCGGCAACUCUCUCCACCAAGAGCCAAUCUACCCACGCUGCUUCGAACGGAACGAGCACCUCUACUUCGGCAGCGCCAUUGACGACUCACAACGCUGGUAAUGCCAUUGGUGGUUCAUUGAUGGCUGUUGCCGGAGCCGUGAUUGGUGCGAUUGCUAUGCUGUAG